AUGCCUUGGUUUCAAGGCAAUAGAGUACAACUCGCCAAAUACGCCUUUGGAUUCCUCAUGAGAAAUCUCUCUGCCUCUGAGACUACUCUGCCGGUGCUGACCUUAUUCACAAAGGAUCCAUGCCCCCUUUGUGAUGAAGCCAAAGAAGUACUCAAGCCUUAUAAUACCAGGUUUAUUUUACAGGAGGUGGACAUUACACUUCCAGAGAACUCUGCUUGGUAUGAAAGGUAUAAAUUUGACAUCCCUGUCUUCCAUCUGAAUGGUCAGUUUCUGAUGAUGCAUCGAGUAAACAUCUCAAAACUUGAACAACAGCUCCUGAAACUUGAGCAGCAAGGUGCUAGAGACUAA